AUGACGAAAGUCCUUCCCUCGGAAGAUAUUCUUCCAUCAAAUGAUAACCAUCGAACCCUGGAUCCUUCCUCACAUAUCACUUGUACUUCUAGAGAUAUCGAGAAGAACUCUCCCCUCUCAUCUGAAUCUCCAGAUGAUGUCUCAAUCAAUAAUCAUAAAAAGACUUCUCUCUACAAAAGUCUAGGCUGGCUCGAUCGUCUCCUCGCUUUAUGGAUCUUCCUCGCUAUGGCCAUUGGUAUUAUAUUGGGAAACUUUGUGCCCAAUGCUGGACCCGCGUUGCAGAAGGGGGAUUUUGUGGGUGUUAGUGUACCUAUUACUGUAUGUUUAUUAGCAAUGAUGUAUCCGAUUCUCUGCAAAGUCAAAUUCGAGACGUUGCAUCAUGUCUUUCAAAAGAAGGAUGUUUGGGUCCAGAUUGGGUUCAGCCUGGUUGUCAAUUGGAUCGUUGCGCCGCUCGUUAUGUUUGGUCUAGCAUGGGCAUUUCUGCCGGACAAGGAAGGGCUGAGAUCGGGUCUUAUACUUGUUGGGAUAGCUCGCUGUAUCGCUAUGGUAUUUCCACCUUUCUCCCAUCUCCCCGUUCCCAAAAGCCAGCAAAUUAACUUUGCCCCACAGGUCUUGAUAUGGACCGGCUUAGCUGGCGGUUCAACAUCCUAUUGUGCCAUCCUUGUGGCUAUCAAUAGUCUCCUACAAAUGAUUCUCUUCGCACCUCUCUCUGUUCUCUUCAUCUCCGUAAUCUCCGGUGCCGAGGACUCUACCGAACUAUCCUACUCAACCGUCGCAUCCAGCGUAGCAGUCUUCCUAGGAAUUCCGCUCGCCGCCGCAAUCAUCACGCGUUUUCUCCUCCGCCAGCUCACCUCCCCCUCCUGGUACGACACCGUGUUCCUCCAAUAUCUUUCGCCCGUCUCGCUUCUCGGUCUCUUAGCCACGAUCUUGAUUCUAUUCGCCAGUCAGGGACAACACGUGGUGCGGCAAAUUGUUUCGGUGCUGAGAGUCGCCGCUCCUCUGAUCGUCUAUUUUGCCGUCAUCUUCUUCUUAACCCUGUUCGUGUGUCAUUGGCUGGGCUUCGGUUAUAAAGUUGCGACGACGCAAAGUUUCACGGCUGCGAGCAAUAAUUUCGAAUUGGCGAUUGCAGUGGCUGUUGCGACGUAUGGCGCGGAUAGUGAGCAGGCGUUGGCUGCUACAGUGGGACCUCGUGAUAAUCGAGGUGCCGGUCCUGCUGGGAUUGGUAUAUGUAGUGAGGUGGAUUGGGGAGAAAAGAGACUGGAAGGAUUAAAAUUCGGGCUGGAGCAUAUCUUUUGGAAUACGGAACGGGCAAGUAGAUUGGGAGAUAGGCAAGUCUCCUUUUGA